AUGCCCCUAAGGUCACUAACGUUGAGGUUGUUCCGUCGGAGGUACUUCGCAUCGCUGUGUUUCGUGACCAGUUUGAGGGUGAUUGGGACACAUUCACCAUGCUGUUGGGCCAGGUCUUGGCAUUCCAUUGCGUACAAGCAAGCCCCGGCGAAGUCAGCAGUUAUCUUCAACAUCUUUGUGAGAAUACCUGCUGGGCUUCUCAAGCCUUUGCUCGCAUGUUCCGGGUUGCAUGGUGUUUUCAUUGAGCCGCGUGCCGCUGAUUCCAAGGAGGCUUCUGCUGAGUUUCGUGUUAUCUGGCUUCCGAAAGCUUCCUAUAGUGAAGUUUUGCUCCUUAAACAAAGCCAUGCCGAAAUCAUUGGACUUGCUCGUGUUGGUUCGCGAUUGGGGGUUCGUUGCAACAAAGCUGAUGAAGAGGCCUUACACAAAGUCCUCAAAGGUACCCCUUUUGUCGAUCGUGGCUCAUUGUGUAAGUUCGUUGUCGGUCCUUGGCCUUUCGGGACGCAGCGCCAAGCCGCUGAAAAAGCAUUGGCCUCCUUUGGUUGGGUUGCUCGUGUUACCCAGCCUAUUGCUGGGCAGCCUGGCGGUCUGUGGUGGCGGGUUCAAGCCGGCUCGCAUCCUCCUGAGCUUGUCUUGCACACGCAAUUCGGUGAAGUGCUUAUCAGUGAAGAACCUGGGCCUGCAGCUACCCCGGUUGUGAAGCAUGCAGUGCUUGCUGCUCGCAAUGCUUUGCGUGAUGUCUGUCCGCCUUCGCCCCCUUUGGUUGACCCUUUGCAGGUGCAUGAUCCUUGGGCUGCAGCGCUUCAGAAGCAAAAGCCUUCACAGCCGGCUUCUGUUCAAGCUAUGUCUGCACAAGUUGAAGCCAACAUAUUGGCCAAAAUUCAGCGUGAUCGUUCCUUGUCGUCUGCCCCCGCUCCUUCUGAGCAGUUGCGUGAGGAGCUUGAACAGAGUGUCCUUGCCAAGGUUGAGGCUCGUUUGACGGAACAUCGCACUGUAGUUGAGGGUCGGCUUUCUGGAUUUGAAACUCAGGUCACAGCGCUCUCAGACAAAGUUGAUGGCCAGGAGUCGGUGCUUCGCAGCAUGUUUCAGGAGCAGAUGUCCCGCAUUGAAGAGUUAUUGGCUGCGCCCAAGCGGUCUAGGCAUGAGGGCGUGCGCCACUGGUCCGUUUUGAUUGCUUUUCUUUCGGUGCGUGUUGGGGAAGCUGCGCAUCCUGGUCCAGGGGUGACGGACGAGUCUUUCUUCACGUUGGGUGCCAUUAACCCCACCGGGCUUAAUGGCAAACAUGGGGUGGUUUCUCAGCUUGAUUCGCCCGCAAUCUACGCUGUCAGCGAAACGCAUUUGACCAAGCCAGGGUUGGAUUCAUUCAGGAUGGGUUUGCGCCUGGCCGGUCCCUUUUCGUUUCUUCAUGGUUGUCCUGUGGCCCCUCUGCCGCGCAGCCUGGUAUCUGGUGUCUACGAAGGCGUCGGCUUUGUCACGUCGUUUCCUGCUCGUUUGGCUCCUCACUCGUGGCCUGCUUUGCUGUAUGAGACCUCCCGCAUUCAGGUUGCCAACUUCUUCGUGGGGCCCAUGUGGCUGUUGGGCGGAGUGGUCUAUGGGUAUGCCACCGACUCCUCUCGUACGUCUUGUCUGCUUCAGGCCCUCACUGAGCGGGUGGUGUUGGGUGCUUCCGGGCCUCGGUUCGUGGCCGGGGAUUUCAAUUUGGAGGUGGACAGAAUCGAUUUCGUUGAUGUUUGGCGUGAGCGUGGUUUUUGCGAAGUGCAAGACCUCAUGUGCUGGGCAACCGGUUGCCAACCUCGCCCCACAUGUAAAGGCAAGACCCGAAAGGACUUCCUGUUUGUUUCGGCUGAGUUGGCCGCCAUGUUUGUCCGAACCAUGGUUGAUGAGACGUUUUUCGCUGAUCAUGCUGUGCUUUCGGCGAAAUUCCGCACAUCCGUCUCCUUUGUCCCGCGCUUUCAGUGGCGCAUGCCUGUUCAUCGCCAGUCUCUUCAUCUUCAGCCCUUUCAUGUUUGCGCUGUGGGUGGCCCAGUUUGCUCAGCCAGCCCUCCGUCUGAGCGUUAUGCUGCGGUUUGCGAGCGUUUUGAGUUUGGGCUCUCGCGCGCUCUUCUUGACCGCAACUUGCCACCUCUGUGUUCUCGUGAAAAGGGGCGUGCCCGCACUUUCGAAGUCAAGUGUAGCAAGUUGAGGAUUGCUCCGGUUCCGAAGUCCCGCGUUUCUGAAGUGUCCCCUGCCUUUUUCGGGCCAAACCUUCGUUAUGCACAGUGGUUUCGGCAGCUUCGUCGCCUUCAGGCUCUUCGCCAGGCCCUCAUUUCGGCCAGUUCGACGCCCUCUGCGUUGGAGUAUCGUGCGGGUUUGUGGGAUUCCAUUCUUCGUGCUCCUGGUUUUGGGGCUCCUUUCAAGGUUUGGUGGCCUACUCGUGGAAUCCAGCUUCCCACCGAUCCGGUCGACAUCCCGCUCUGUAUUCCUUCAUUGGACGUUGUGACUCAAGUCUUUGUUUCUUUCGAGGCGAAUGUUCGUGCUUGGGAGAGGCAGUUGCUUUCUGCACGUCGCUGUGAGGCUACGGCCCGUCGCGCUUCCGACCCUAGCAUCAUCUUCCGCGAUCUUCGUGCCGCUCCUGCUAAACCGGUUGAGUCAUUAAUUGAGCCGCUUGACGCGAAAGUUGAAGAGGUUGAUGUCGGUGACAAUGCGGUUGUGCUUGACAAGGAGAUUCCUUGGAGCCCCGAUUUCCCGCUCUACGUGAACGGUGUGUGCAUUGAUCCCAUACAUGUUGAGCCUGACAAGAUCUGGUGUCAGGAGGCCCCGCCGUGUGCCAUUGGCGAUAAGGUGGUUCAAUCUGUUUUGGUUGGUACGAUUCCCGAUCUGUUUGCCAAGUUUGGCAAGGAGUGGGCUCGACGGUGGCAGCGACACGACAAUGUUUCUCCUGAAAGGUGGCAUGACCUCAUCUCUUCGUUUCGGGAGCGUCGUGUUUUUCCUCCUAUGGCUCUUGAGCCCAUCACCCUGCCUGUGUGGCAAGCGGCCGUCAGGGCUAAAAGCACCCGCAGUGCGACCGGCCUUGAUGGAGUCUCCAGACAAGAUCUCUUGUUGAUGCCGCCUGAGCUUACUAUUGAGCUUAUUCGGUUGUGCGAACAUGCGGAACAACAUGGGGUUUGGCCUCGCCAAAUGCUCCAGGGGGUUGUCACUGCUCUGGAAAAGGUUCCGUCGGCUUCAUUGGUCACGCAAUUCAGGCCCAUUUCCGUCUUAUCUAUGGUUUACCGCGUUUGGGGCAGUAUCCGAGCCCGUCAAUGCUUGCGACACUUGUCCCAGUUUGUCCCGCCCGGCCUUCUCGGCAACGUCCCGGGACGUUCGGCUUCCAACGCGUGGUAUUCCAUCCAGCUUGCGGUUGAGCGCUCCUUGCGUGAAGGCCUCCCCCUUUCAGGAUUUAGCGCUGACCUAGUCAAGGCCUUCAACUUGCUGCCUCGGGCGCCUACGUUUGCAUUCGCCAUGCUGUGUGGCAUCCCAUGUGGUUUGGUUCGUGCCUGGUCUGCUGCUUUGGUUGGCCUUGAGCGCCGCUUCAGGAUUCGUGGGUCUGUUGGGCCAGGGGUUAUGAGCUCGACCGGUUUCCCCGAGGGAGACGCACUGAGUUGUGUGGCAAUGACCCUGGUUAAUUUUGCCUAUCAUGAGCACAUGGCUGCCUCUGUUCCGGAUUGUGUGGCUUUGACGUUCGUUGACAACUGGGAAACAACCGCUUCGUGUCCCAUGAGUAUUCUGCGAGCUGCCGCGGCUCAAGAUGACUUCUCCCGCGCAUGGGACCUUGAAGUGGACUCAAGCAAGACGGUUUUCUGGUCCACUGCAGCGGCUGAUCGGAAGGUGUUGCGUUCGAAUCGGUGUAGUGUCGCUUUGGAUUUCCGUGAUCUUGGUGGCCACUUGCAAGUUUCAAGACGCCAUACCAACUACACACAGACCGCACGUUGCAAGGACCUAGUUCCGAAGUGGCUUCGCUUGAAAUGCUCGCUUGCCCCGUAUGUUCAGAAAGUUCGGGCUCUUCAGGUUGCUGCGUGGCCUAUGGCUUUGCAUGCUGUCAGCAUCGUUACUUUAUCAGCUGCUUCCUUUCGCUCCUUGCGGAAUGGUGCCAUGAUUGGUUUGGGAGCCAAGGCUCCGGGUGCUAGUUCUCGUCUUCAGUUGAGCUUAGUUGAGUUUCCACUGGCGGAUCCUGAGUAUUAUGCGUUGCGGUCUUCUUUUCGUGAUGCAAUUGCUCACGGUUCCUUGGAAGUGCUUGCGCCGUUGUUGGAUUUGGCCUCUUCAAGUUCGGUGCGUCAGCCAGGGCCGGCGGGAGUAUUGUUGUCACGGGCUAAUGCUAUUGGCAUCGCGUGGUCUCCUGAGUCGUGCUGUUUCCAGGAUUCUCUUGGCAAUCUUGACCCGUGGAAGCUUUCUUGUCAAGAAGUUGAAGCACGUUUGGUCCUUCAGUGGCAAGCUGCCGUUCAGCACAGUGUGUCGCAUCGAAAAGGCUUUGCGGGCCUUGUAGGUUGCGAUGCACAUCUGACGCGUUUGAUCUUCGGUCGGUUGGAGUCUGAAUACAAAGCGUUGGCACGAAAGUCCUUGAAUGGAUCAUUCUUUACGCAAGAUGCAUUGUGCCACUUCUCCGAGGGGGAGUCGGUCUCCGCGCAUCUGGAUUCGGACUUGCAGGGUACGUUUGCAGAUGAAUGGGCCGUCGUCCACAACAAUGAGGCUGAUUACCUGGCGGGCUGCGCCAACCAGGAGCGCGGUGAUGAGUUUUGGAACCUCUGGCGUCGGUGCGCGGAUGGCUACGCUGAUUGGCAUGGUCGCUACGCGGUCCGAGGGCCGACCUGGUGUCCGUCCAGUAUUGGCGGUGGCUGCGGUAGGAUUGCUCCGGGAAUCCAGGGGCCGGUGGAUUACGAGAGAGUGUCGGCCGGAGUCAACAGCACUCCAAAUUCGGUUACUGUGUAUAGGUGUUUCGAGGUCCUGGACUACGUUACCGCUUCCAUGAG